CUUCCAAACCUAUAAUCUUUACCUCAUAGCUUAGCUCCUGGACUCUCUCUCUCUCUCUCUACCGUCGUCUCCAUCACACCUAACGAAUCUCGAGCUAGACCCACAAGAAGCGGUCGGCGGCAUCAAAUCCGUUCCCCUCUCCUGCAAACAACCACCCGUUUACCCGGCCAAAGCAUAUACACCCAGAGAUGGUUGUGUGUGUAUAUAACAUGGCCUAAUUGACCAUGGACAUCGCCGGAGACGCCGGAGGCGGCCGGAGGCCCAACUUCCCCUUGCAGCUCCUCGAGAAGAAGGAGGAGCAACCGUGCUCCAGCUCGGCUGCGGGGGGCACCUCGGGGGGCGGCGGGAAUGGAGCAGCCGCUGGCGGUGCCGCCGGAGGGGAGAUGCAGGUGCGGAAGGCGGUGCCCAAGCGGACGUCGACCAAGGACCGGCACACCAAGGUGGAGGGCCGGGGACGGCGCAUCCGGAUGCCGGCGCUGUGCGCUGCGAGGGUGUUCCAGCUGACCCGGGAGCUGGGGCACAAGACGGACGGCGAGACCAUCGAGUGGCUGCUGCAGCAGGCGGAGCCGGCGGUGAUCGCGGCCACCGGCACCGGCACCAUCCCGGCCAACUUCACCUCCCUCAACAUCUCCCUCCGCUCAUCUGGCUCCUCGCUCUCCAUCCCGGCCCACCUCCGCGGGGCCUUGCCGAGCCCCGGCGUAAGGUUCGGCUCCCGUGCCGACGCGUGGGACCGGGUUGUCGGACUCGGGUACCCGCCCGAAGGCCCCGCCUCGUCUUCGUCGACGCCGUCGCCGCUGUUGCUCAACUUCCACUCGGGUAGCGUCGGUCUUGACGUGCAGCCAUCGCCGUCAGCCGCUGCCGCUGCCGCAGCCGCCGACCUUUCGAGGAAGCGGCGAUGGGAGCAAGAAAUGCAGCAGCAACAACAACAACAACAUCAUCAGCAGCAGCAGCAGCAACAGUACCAGCAGCAGAUGGCGGGGUACACGCAGAGCCAAAUGCCGGGCACCGUCUGGAUGGUGCCAAGCAACUACUCGCAGGGCAGCGGGGCGCCUUCCGGCGGCGGCAACGGCGGCGGUGGAGGAGGAAGUGGUGAGUCGAUCUGGACUUUCCCGCAGGUGGGCAGCGCCGGCGCCGCGGCUGCCGUGUAUCGUGGGAGCGUGCCAAGCGGGCUACAUUUCAUGAACUUCCCUACACCGAUGGCGCUGCUACCCGGCCAGCAGCUGGGGCUCGGCCCAGUGGGAGGCAGCGGCGGUGGCGCAGGCGGGACUGAGGGGCAGAUGGGGAUCCUCGCCGCGCUGAACGCGUACCGGACACAGGCGGCGGAAGCAGCGGCGGGCCAAGGAGGCGGCGGUGGAGGAGGAUCGUCUAGCCAGCAGCAACACGGAGGUGGUGGCGGCGGCGGCGAGCGGCAUGAGAGCAUGAGCACCAGCGAGUCGUAGGCCGGGCGGGCCUCCGAGGAUCGCAUCGCAUCGCAUGCAUUGGUCUCUGGUGUGGCUUUGAUCUGUUCUUUGUCUUUGAUUUCUUUUUCCUUUUGUGGUUUCCUUCCUCCACUCCUAGACAUUAGACAACUCGCAAGGAUUACACUCGGCUGCGAUCCCAUGGCAUUUAGAUCAUCAUCGUCAUACUUAGCGCACGUACGUUUGUGCUUGUGAGUGGAAGAGCGAGGUGUGCCAUUGGAGAAGAGGACGGAAACACAGCAGCAGCAGCAGCAGCAGCAGCAGCAGCAAGAGAGAUUGUUUAUUUUUGUUCUUUUAGCAUUAGGGUUUGAUCAAAUGCGAGCGGAAGAGAUUUUCAUCAGGCAUGGCAUUCGUCACCUGCCGUGAUCGAUCGAUGGUUCAUUUUUGUUGUUUGCCACCAAGCUUUGUUAGUCCUAGCUUUCAAGUUAUUUUACACCAUGCAGGGCCAUUUAUUCCAUUUUGCA